CGUCCUGUGUUUCCGAUUUCAGUGCAUUCUGCAAAUUUACGCGCUUUGAAUGCUUUCCCCGUUUGGUACCACUACCGUAUUUCACCGCCAUAAAACAGUCGUUUGUAAUGUCUAGCGAGGAGAACGCCUUCUUGAAUUACAAGAUUUUUAACUGGUCUAGUUAUUCUACGAAUUAUCUGCCAGAAAACAUUCAACAGAAUGAGCCGACAAAACAGUCAUCGAGAUGGUCAUCAAGCUCCAAUUCACCCCCACAGUUUCUACUCCUCAAACUACCACGACCAGCGAUCGUUCAAACCAUUAUGUUUGGAAAAUUUGAGAAAAAUCAUGUCUGUAAUAUCAAGAAAUUUAAAGUUCUAGGGGGAAUGGAAGAGGAUAAUCUGAUAGAGUUACUCAAAGGUGGACUAAAGAACGAUCACAACCCAGAAACAUUCCAUAUGAAGCAUAGAAUAGAUGGACAACUGUUCCCUUGCAGGUUUAUCAAAAUAGUACCACUGUUAUCCUGGGGUUCAGCUUUUAACUUCAGUAUCUGGUACGUUGAACUGAGAGGCAUAGAAGAAACUGAAAUCGUUCAACCAUGUUUAAAAUGGUAUUAUGAGCAUCGCGAACGAGAAGCAAUACGUCUAUGUUUGAAGCAUUUUCGACAACACAAUUACGUUGAAGCGUUUCAAUCUUUGCAAAAAAAAACUAAAAUAACACUGGAACAUCCCCUAUUGACUGAACUUCACAGGAAAUUGGUCAUGGAUGGAGACUUUGAGGAAUGUGAAAAUAUAAUGCAAAAAGCUGUCACUGAGGAUCUAUUCAAUCAUUAUAUCAGCCAUCAAGAAUACAAAGCACAAUGGGCGAAUAUAUCAUUAAAAUCCUUUCCACAGCCUGAUGGUUUGCCUGGUAUGAGAGGAGGCCAUCAAAUGUGCAUGGACUAUAUCAACAAUCAUGUUUAUCUUCUCGGUGGAUGGGACGGGACCAAAGACUUACCUGAUUUCUGGAGAUUUGAAGUUGAUCGUUCGACAUGGGUUUGUCUGUCUGCUGUUACAAAUGAUGUUGGAGGCCCGUCUGCCCGUUCUUGCCACAAGAUUUGUAUAGAUUGUGAAAAUGGAAGAUUGUACACUCUGGGGAGGUACCUUGACUCUUCAAAACGGACACUUUCAACAGUGCGAAAUGAUUUUCACGUUUAUCACAUUAAGACUGGCAAAUGGCAAUUAUUAAGCAAAGAUACAGCUGUGGAUGGAGGACCUAGGUUAAUAUUUGACCACCAGAUGUGCAUUGAUCAGCCAUCUCAAACCAUCUAUGUCUUUGGAGGUCGAAUUUUGACAGCAAACACACAAAGUCAGGUCGGUUCAAUGCGACCAUUACCGGAAUUUUCCGGUUUAUACCGGUACCAUAUCCCUUCAAGUACAUGGCAUUUGUUGAGAGAAGAUUCAGGGAAUGCUGGACCCCAAGACAUCAGAUCAAGAAUUGGACAUUCAAUGCUAUUGGAUACUGAAACACACUGUCUUUACAUUUUCGGGGGUCAAAGAUCAAAAGAGUAUGUGAACGAUUUCUUUGUCUACGACAUAAACCAGGACUCGGUGAAUGUUCUCCAUGACGGAACCAAGAAAGAAGAAGGCUUGCCACCGUCUGGUUUUACCCAGAGAGCAACAAUAAAUCCUGCGUUGAGGGAGAUUCAUAUGCUCUCGGGACUAAGCAAAGACAAGGAUAAACGUGAAGACAACAUGCAGAAUUCAUUCUGGAUUUACGGAAUCAAUGACGAUAGUUGGAAUUGCGUUUAUAAGAAUGAACUGUCAUCACAAGGUGGCGCUACACAGUCUGGAACAAGCAGUUCCGCUUCAGUGGAAGUCAACGAACCAUGCCCAAGAUACGCACAUCAACUCGUAUAUGAUCAUGUCAGAAGGACCCACUAUAUGUUUGGAGGGAAUCCCGGAAGCAAAUCAUCACCUAAAACAAGACUUUCUGACUUCUGGAGUUUAAAUUUGUCAAGGCCUUCGAAAGGAGAUAUUCUGCAAAAGUGUAGGUAUAUGAUAAGACGACACAAAUUCCGCGAACAAUCUCUGAGCGACCCAAUGUCUGCUCUUCUGUAUUUACAAAACGACGUCUCGGAAACUGUCCACCAUGAGGACCCAAAGGAAGAAAGAGAAUUUCGACUUUUAGCGACGUCAUUAUUUGGUUCUGUAUCCGAUUCAGAGUCAGAUGAUGACACUAUGAACGCCACGCCAUCUAUAACAGCCACAGACUCUGAGAAGACAUCAGCAACUAAAUCAUCUACUGUUAAGACUUCUUAUUUACAUUUAAAAUAUGCUGACAUCGACGAAAAUUUUGUUGAAAGAACUAAGCUAUUUGAUGCAUUAGCUUCAUAUUUUCCCGAAGAGAUGACACAGCCAAGUGGAAAUAUUAUAGACUUGAUGCAAUUAUGAUUGUUCUCAAUAAUAUGAACUAUUUUAUCACAUUAUUUAUCCAGUUAUUUGCUUUUUCAAAAUAUUUUAUCUCAAAAGGUAGCUAAAACGUUAAAAAUUUACUACUUAAACCAGAGGUCAGCAACCUACGGGCCGAAUACGACCCGCAGAAUAAUAUAACCCGGCCCGCGCCACUUCGCUGAAUUAUAGUAACAAAACAGCUGUUUUAACGAUUAUAUUCUUCACGUAACAGAAUUUAUUGUAAGACACGUGUAGAUUAAGUUAUAUUAUAAUAUAACAAGUAUAAAAUUCACAAU